GCAGAAUCUGAAAAGUUUCCUUGAAUGUCUCUUAUCAUUCCUUGCCCUCAAACUUUCAAGGCAAUGAAACGACAGAUUGAUUAUUAUCAAGGUUGCUACUUUUAAUCAACAGUGUGCUGCUGCUGCUGCUGUGCUGAACUCACUGACAUGAUUCUUCCAUCUGGGGUUUCUUGGCUUUGCACUCUGUUGUUAUGGAGCUGCAAUUGUUUUCCUCCUCAAAAAGGUUACAAUAUUGCACAUGGCUACUCUCUUAAUGAUGAUGGAUACAGUAGCAAUGCAGGUGUUUUUGGUAUACAAACAUCAAACCAGUUCAAUUCUGAAGCGUCUUUAAACCAGGACUCAUUUGAUCCAAGCGACGAGAUGAGACACGAAAGCUUUGUUUCUCUUCAGCAGGAACCAGUCCACCAUGACUACAGUGAGGAUGCUAGCUCUGUCACUAGCCUCAGUGAUGGGAUGGUGCAAAGCAAACCAGACUCGGAACAUGAGCCAGACAAGUUUCCACUUAUCCCCUCUGUUCUGAAAUAUGAUCCUCAAAGUUCUGGUUCUCAACAGCCUUUUGGCCUUUUAGUGAAGAAUUCACAACAGAAGGCUAAGGAGGGUGUAGCUUUCCCAACAAUCAAAGAUUUCAAACUGUUUAUAGACAAAAUGAAAAGCUCCUUUUUAAUGCCAGGAAGUGACUUGAGAGGACACUUUCAAACUGCACAAGAAAUUAUGGUUGACAGGGGAGUGUUUGACACUGGCUAUAAGUCUGAUUCUGCAAAAGAAGGCACAGCCCAUUAUGACGGCAGUGAAAAUGUCCAGAAUAAACCUACGAAUGCAGUGCUUGAACAAAGUGAACAGGGUGCCAACUACCAAAUGCCAAGUGAAAGCCAAUCUGUCGCCUAUCCUGUCGACUCCACUGUCAGCAUGGUUCCUACCAGUGUUUAUGACAACCAAGACGCGGGUCCGCGCUCUGCUUUCUACCCACACCCUCUCUCUGCAGCCACAGAGCAUGUUUCAAGUAAUUACGGAAAUUUCAACCAUGAUGGCUCAUUCCUUGGACAAGAUGGAAGCAACCAUGGGACAGCAUCUUCUGCCAGCCCUCCAAUGAGACCAUCUAAAUAUUUCAGCCUGGUUUCUCCACCUCUAACUUAUGAGAAAAAUAUCCAAGAACCAACAUAUACAUUUCACAGAAAAGACUCUUUAACAGGGUAUCAGCAGAAACCAUCUGGUGGCUUUGAACUUGGUGAGGAGCAAGGAGGAGGGACUCCAACCAGUUUCCUGUCUGCACCAGAGCCCCCAUCUUUGGCUUCUUAUGGCAAAAGUAUAUAUGUCAAUGCACGACGUGGUCAACACGACAUCCCAAAAUAUGGACCAAAACACAGAGAGAGACCAGCCCCAUCAUUUCAGCCGAAUCAACCCACUGAUGGCAUGAAAUCAAAUGAUAUAAACUACACUCCUAUCUCCCACCUCCCUGUAACUAGUGGUUCUGCUUCUUCAAGCUCUGCUAACCUUGCACCACAGAGUGGAGGUGGUCAUGUGGGUGUUCAAACAAGCAGCCCACAUGAUAAGAAUCAAGCUUUCAAACAAAAGCAGCCCAUCGGGUCCCACCAAGUGUUUACUGUGAAACCUCCCAGCUCAUAUUAUGGCUCAAGCACAAAUGACAGCUAUCUGGGAGACCAAAAUGUCGGUGUUACUCCUCCUUCCAUCCUAACUGAGGGAACUCAGGAGAGAGAAGAGCCAUCAGAUCCCUCUGUGCAGGAUCUAGUCAUUCAGGGUCCAAAACAACUUACUGAGAAUAGCCUGAUUCCAAUUUCUGAUGGCUUGGAUUCAACCCAGAGAGGGCUUUUCUCUGCAGGCAGAGUUGAUUAUACAAGUCUCAACUCUCUAACUAAUUUAACGCCAACGUCUAUAUCAGAGACAGUCUUUUCAAGACUAGUUGGAAACAAAGUCAUGUCCAGAAACUUUGGAAUCAAAAAUAGAAUUUCAGAUAGGUUUCCAACUCUUGAUAUACAUAGGGCAAGAAAUGCCUUGAGCUCAAUGUUUACCCCGAGGAGAAGAGAAAUGCCUCUAAAUGGUGGUUAUGUAGGUGCAAUGGCAACCAGACCUGGCCUUCAGCAGACAUUCAUACAACCAACCAAGUUGCAGAGGCGCCCCGCCAAUGUGAAUAAAGAGCCAUGGUCCACGGUCUACCGCCCUCCUAAACCGCUGUCUGCGUCCAAAGUCUCUGGCUUUCCUGUGAGCGGUGCCGUUUGGUGGAAUGGUGGCAACACGAAAAUGCUUCUCCCUCAAACACAAUUUGUAAAAUCAUAUGUGGUGAAGUCCAGAAACAGCUACACAAGGAGCAAGGCAGCUAUAUCAAAGACUCAUUAUGCACCAUAUCAGCUAGAUGAAGGCAAAACUGGAAAACCCCAAUGGAAACCUUUCCAGAGGCAACAUAAAUACAUGAACGCUGCGUCCCACAAUGCAAAAGGAUUUGAAGACUAAAAGAGCAUCAUCACAGGAAAAAUGGAUCUGUUGCCAUCUUCCACUUGGAGGAAAAUCAGAUUUCUGCAGUUCUUCAACCAUCGAAUUAGUUAAGUCCAUUAAAUAUUUUAAACAGUC